UCGAUUAUCAACGACAUGUGCAGUCAUAUUUAGGUUUGGCUAUUCCGGUUAUAAACUGGAUUAAUGUGAAAAAUAAAACUGUUUUAACACAUCGGAUUGAGGUGAAUUGCAGUUUAAUAUGGAAGUCGCCGGUAGGAAAUUAGAAGCCGAAGAAGAAACUCCAAGAGAUGAACACGUGUUUUGUGAACCAUGUGAAGUUGAAAGCACUAAAACUGAAGCAAAUGGUGCAUGUCGAGAAUGUAAGGAGUACAUGUGUACCAUGUGCUUCCGGCAUCACCUUAAGGGUAAACUGUGUAGAAAUUAUGUGCUAUUGCCCAUAGGAGAGUUGUCUUCAAUGUCACUGGAUAGCAGUAAGGAAAUCAUUGAAAAAUGUGAGAAGCACGAGAAUGAACCAAUAAAAUUCUAUUGUCGGACACAUGAUAUUGUAGGGUGUGGCGACUGUAUAGUGUUAGGACAUGCAACUUGUAAACCAGAAUAUAUCAAAGAUAUAGCAAAAACAUUCAAAAAUGGAGACGAAUUCAAAAACUUAGUAAAAAAGCUGGACAUGCUGGAACUAUACAGGGCAGAAAAUGCAAAGUCUAUUCAAAAGAAUAAGGAAGACAUUGAAUUGAUGAAUGAGAAAGCCCUGAAAGGAAUUCGACAGUUCAGAUCAGAUAUAAAUAUAUAUCUGGACAAGGCAGAAGCAAAUAUCUUAUCUGAGGUAGAACAGCUAGCUUCGGAAAAUACAAAAAUGCAGAGAAAGCUUGAGCAAGACGUAAAGGCGUUGACAUCAGAAAUCGAGGAAGUAAAACAAAAGUUUAACACGCAGCUUUAUCAUGGAAAUGAAUUGUUUAUCAAUGCAAUUAGGUGCAAGUCUAAACCAGAUGACAUUGAAAAGAUGAAUGCGAAAAUAAAGAAAGAACAUGUCUUGAAAAGGUUUGAGUUUAUUCGUGACGAGAAUAUCUCUGGAAUAUUGCAAGCUGCGCAACAAUUGGGGAAACUGAGAAUUGAUUCUGAUCUGGAUGGAAGUAAGAAUGAAAAUACGAAUUCUGGAAUACAAAACUCUGCAGAUCCACAUGGAAGUCUAGGACCUAGAAAACCAAAAUCAACCGGCUUUUAUGCAGGUGUACGUGUACGUCGAGGUCCUGAUUGGAAAUAUGGAAAUCAGGUUAGACAUUUAUAAAAUCUCAUG